CUGACUCGCACACAAAGCCAUGCUCCAGUACCUAGUAGUCACGGUGGGUUGGUUUCUGUACCAAGAUCUGGUCGAUUCUUAAGAGCUGGACCGGACAGGAUUACCAGCCUUCAGCAGACCACUAAAGAAGCAUGUUUUGGAAUUACAAACAGACAGAAAGACUGGCAGGCAGACAGACAGGCAGGCCGGCAAACUGCUCAGAAAACAUGUUUUGAUUCUAACAGACAGACCAAUUGACCGACAGAAAGACACAGACAGACAGGCAGUCAGACAGGGAUACAGACAUGCUGGCAGACAGAUAGACAGACAGGCAGGCAACAGAAGGAAAAGCAGACAGGCAGACAACAUGGGUAACUCCAUCUGCUGCCCAGAGCUCUGCCCCAAACCGUCCGCAACUCAAGUCUUCACCUCGCUCUACAACUACCCAUGUCGCACCCUCAGAGACUUGACCCUGCGUAAGGGAGAUGUGCUGGAGGUGAUUGCUGAGACGACUCACUGGCUCUACGUCCGUAGGACCAGGGAGGAGGGACACACAGAGAAGCAGAGCGGUGAUGAGGCCACUAUCCCUGGCCCGGAGCAGGGAUACGUCCCUCGGGUCUUUGUCAGACCUCUACACAGUUUGGAGGCACAACCUUGGUAUUUUGAAAGUGUAACCACCCGUCUGGAGGCUAAGCGCUGUCUUCUAAGACCUGAGAACUCUGAGGGGGCCUUUCUUGUGUCAAAGAGGCGGGACAACCGAAAAUACUUCUUGUCAGUGAAAAGUGGAACGGUGGCCAGACACUACAAAAUCCAGGAAGGAGAGGGUGGAAUGUACUUCCUGGUUAAGAGGAAAAAGUUCCAGAAUCUGAUAGAACUGGUAAAAUCCUAUUCGACAGACCCUGAUGGACUCUGCUGCCGACUAGAACAGCCCUGCAUACAGUUGGACUGUCCCACGGUGGCCACUCUCUCCUAUCAGGAGCAGUGGGAGGUGGAGCGUACCACUCUAAUGUGGGUGAAUCGCCUGGGCAGUGGGGAGUUUGGGGAGGUGUGGAGUGGACUCUGGAACAAUACCACUCCUGUGGCUAUAAAACAGUUUAAAGCGCUCAGUGAAGAUAUCCUGAGAGAGAUUGAGAUCAUGAAGGGGCUUCAUCAUGAGCGGUUGCUAAGGCUGUACGGGGUCGUUACCAAGGGAGAACCUGUUUGUAUCAUCACAGAGGUGAUGAUAAAUGGAAGCCUGAGCAAGUUCCUCAAAGAGCACAGCCAGAUUGGAGAACUACCCUUCACCCUCAUGCUAGACUUUGCUGUUCAGGUCUCAGAGGGCAUGGCAUAUCUGGAAACCAAAAAGAUAGUUCACAGAGACUUGAGAGCAGAUAACAUUCUGCUGACCGAGAUGCUAAGCUGCAAGAUCGCUGAUUUUGGUCUAUCUCAGUUCAUAUUCCCUGAAUACGAGAAGGUUUCCAAAGAUACAAAGGUUCCUCUUAAGUGGAUGGCUCCUGAGAUCUUCAGAGGGGAGCCUUACACCAGUAAGAGUGACGUCUGGUCCUUUGGGAUUCUGUUGAUGGAGAUCAUCACAUAUGGAGAGGAGCCGUAUUUGGAGUUGACUACGGCGGCGGUGGUUAAGAGCCUUGCAGAGGGGUACAGGAUGCCAUGCCCCCCCUCCUGUCCCACAGACUUGUAUGACAUCAUGGAUCUCUGCUGGAGGCCAGACCCCUGGCUGAGACCAGCCUUCCUGAACCUCAUCCACAGGCUGACAACCCUGGCCCCAGAAUGUCUCACUGCACUGGAAUAAAACCCUCCAGCUCCAUAAUGCACCGUGGCGGUGGUGACUUCCAGUGUUUAAUAUGUUGCACGUUGAAUGGUUGCGUGAAGUGAACGGAAGAUGAGACUAUGGCGGGGCUGCUUUGGGUGACUAAACCAAGAUCCACAGGGCAUUUCAUCCCACUGAGCAGAGGGUUUAGAGACCAGUCCUUAUCACCAAGGAGGCCAGCCUGCACGAGACACAACAAAGCUGAUAUCAUCUACAAUCCACCACAGCUUUAUAAAAAACGAUGUGGUUUGCCAUCAUGGAAUUGUACUGGCAAACAACACAAAGCUGUGAAUUGUAACUGUGAAUAUUUUAAAAUGGAUUUCCUUUGAAAUUAUUAAGGGGGCUGAAUUGAAUCAAUUAGCAAAUGAUGUGAGACACUAAUCAUAGAAGUUAAUGCAUCAUUAGUUGUAUGUGAUUGCAACAUCUCUGCGCAGUUAGGGGGCAGUGUAUCUACACAAAUACAGCUGCCUGUUCUCUUUCAACACCGUUGAAGCCGUUUGAGUCUUGUGAGUAUUCCUGCUGGGUACUUGUUUUGCGUAAUAAAUAUGCUUUGCUUGGAAAUCCUUCCUUGCCUGUCUCU